AUGCAUCAAAAUCAUACCCUCUGUGAAAUUGACGAUGCAUACGAAGAUAAACUUUCAGAUAUUGAAAAUUUGAAUUUGGAAGUCGAAAGUAACAUUGCUUUCUUGAAAAAUGAAGAGAGACUGUUGCAAGAAUGUGAAUCAAAGGGCAGAAAUCAUCAUAUAAAAUUUCGAACAUUAAUCCGAAAAAGAGAAGAUGAUAUGAAACAAGGUGUUGCAAUGAAAACCAAAGAUAUAUUAGAUGAACUAGAAACUGAAUGGCUUACCACAGAAGAAUCAAUAAAUAAUGAUAUUGAGUUGUGCUCUAAAACUAAAAGCCAGCUACUAAAAAGGAAAGAAAACAUACACUCGUCCCUCACGUCACAUGAUCCGGGACUUGUAUUUGAUGAAUGUCUUGAUAACAUUACACAAUCACAUCAACCAAUGGUUGACAAACGCGCCAGCCUAUUUCAGUUUUUUCCAAAAGUAAUAGAAACCAAAGGAAUUCUUGGUGACCUUAUUGAGAAGCCAAAAAUAGACAGUUUUACCGUUUAUCCAACAGAUAUGAAAUAUGUCAGCUGUCUCAGUCACUGCGAAGGGGAAACAGUCUUGAUAUGCAACAGUUAUGAAGAUAUUCUGAAGAAAGAGGACCUGAAUUAUGACACAUAUAAAACUCUAAAAACAUUGAAAGACAUAAAGGUGAGGGAUAUGUCACAGACAAAAGAUGGACAUUCAAUAUUGUCCGUUGGAGAAGAUUUAAAAAUUUUAACAAAAACUGGACAGUUGAAAACAUUCUUUUAUUUAAACUUGAUUACAUUAUGCGUGCAUGUAAAUAAAGAAAAUGAACUUUUUGUUGGAGCACUUGUCAAAGACCCAAAUCACGAGGGAGAGAAAUUAGGCAUUGUUGUAGUUUCAGAUCAGCACAGAAAUAUAAAAAAUGUCUUUGAUAAAAGAAAGAUUGAAAGUUACAGAGGUUAUACCUAUUAUGAUGACAGUUUUGAUGAAGAUGAGAUAGUAGAUAUGUUCGACUAUCCAAGUAGAAUUUUGAAUACAAGACGAGAUGAUUUACUAAUCAUAGACAACACAGAUUUGAGUACAUACGCGGGAAAAGUUGUACUUUUAAAUCGAUCAGGUGAGAGGGAAUGGUUAUAUAAUGGUUGUGAAUGUGAAAAUUGCUAUGAUUUUGAAUUUUGUCCUUUUGACAUUGCAGAAACUCAUUCUAAUUUGUUUUUAAUAAGCGAUGUUGGGAAACAUUCUAUUCAUGUACUUGGAAAGACCCUUUUAACAUGUAGUUUUGUAGAUGAUAUAGGAAUAGACUAUCCUCUAAGUUUAUGUAUUGAUGCUGCUGGGAAGUUGUGGAUUGGAUGUGACAUGUCAGGUGAUGACGACGAAGAGCCAAAAAUAUACUGUAUCACAUUUAGUUGA